AGCAAACGCACAGCAACGAUGAAAUGAGAAAAUAACAGGAAAUUAUAGACGCACAAAGUGUUUCUGAAACUUAGGUGAGAAAACAGGUGGGGUUGGCACGUUGGGGGACGGACGGAGAGAGCGACAAAGGAGUUGAUGCUUCACCAUUCUGCUUUCUGAUGCUGAGAUGGCGUAAAAGUUUGAGGAGAGAGAGCUCACACGUGGAAAGACCCGGGUUCCCUUACUCUUUAUUUGACGCCGCUGAUCAUGACUGCAUGGAAAAGGUGUAACCCCCAAAGCCGCCCACAGAGACGUGAAUCACAGCUGAUGAAAUUGAUGUUUCCAUCGGCAAGAUCUCUGAACUGAAACGCUUCAGCCCAAGACUAUCCUCUACUGACCCGAAGACCUGCAAACUAUCAGCGUUGGACACGAGGCUCCCCUGAAGUCGUCGUUCCUCUCGUCUGUAAAGCCGCUGAGAAGUUCUCGGGAAUACGGCUCACUGCUUUGACUCCUUUCGCCACAACAGACGGCAUGGGAGCCUGGAUUGAACGUUCAACAAACCAAAGACAGCUUUUCUGAUACCAGCCUCCUGCAGACGUCCUCGUAUCUUUAAGAUGAAUAACAGCUCUGCGACCUGGGGCAGUUGGUAUGCCCCAGACCGUACCAACUGCUCUGGGGAUGAUACUCUGCGUGUGUACCAGCACCAAGUUUACGCUGUGGUGUACAGCAUUAUCUUGGCACCGGGCUUGCUGGGUAACGUCCUGGCGCUGUGGGUGUUUAGGAUCUACAGACGGGAAACCAAGAGGGCUGUGGUGUUCAUGAUGAACCUCGCUGUGGCCGAUCUGCUUCAGGUGCUGUCGCUGCCUCUGCGGAUCUACUACUACUUGAACAACAACUGGCCCUUCGGUCACCCUCUCUGCUUAUUUAGCUUCUAUCUCAAGUACGUCAACAUGUACGCCUCCAUCUACUUCCUGGUGUGCAUCAGUGUGCGUCGCUGCCAGCUCACCGUGAACCCGCUGAAGUACAAGAUGAAGCAGAAAGGAGACAUGUUGAUAAGCAUGUUCGGCUGGCUGUUUGUCUGCGUGACCUGCAUAGCUUUCCCCUUCUUACGGAGCGAGUCAGAGAAGCAAGCGGUGUGUUUCGCAGAGCUGCCUACGAAAAAAAUCAGUGUUUUAUUUGCCACAGUCCUGAUGACAUUCGCAGAACUAAUGGGCUUCAUCAUCCCCCUCGUCGUUGUGGUGUCAUGUUCAAUUUUGACAGUUUUAAGCCUCAAAACGGUGACGAUGGAGGGCAUUCAUGACUUUGGGGAGAAGCGGAAGGCUCUGAAGAUGGUGCUGUGCUGCACCGUAGUCUUCUUGCUGUGCUUUGCACCGUAUCACAUCACCUUGCCGCUGGACUUCCUGGUGAAAGCUGAGACUUUGAAGGACUGCGCCACCGGAAACACGAUUCGGAGGAGUCACAUCAUAACGCUCUGCCUCGCCAGCCUUAACUGCGCCGUCGACCCGAUCAUGUACUACUUCACAAGCGAUGAAUUCAGGAAGCGGCUAAGCAAGCCCGAGAUACCGGACAAUUUUAGUUUGAGCAGACGGCUGUCCUGCUUAACUGCCUCAGGGAACAUAGAGACAAACUAGGCUUUGGAAAGCCACACGUGUCACAAAUCGCUGCUUUUGCUACACAUUUGGAAAAAAUAAAAUAAAAUGCAGGUCGCUGUAAAAUACGACGAAAAUUCAGUGAAAACCUUCUGAAUUCUGAACAUUUGGGUCGUCACAAACUGCUUGAUCGCCGUCACACGUAAAAACCACCAUUCAGUGAGCUGAAUAAACGCCACAAUAUCCAGCGGUCAUAAGUCACUCUUACAACGGCGUGAAAAAAGCCGUUUUGACUGGACUUUUGGCGCACUUUCCUAAGUCACAAGCCGACGUGUUGUUUUGGUUUUAAUUUUUUUUUGCCAAAUGUGUAGUAAAAGUGCUGAUUUGUGUCCAUUCCGGGUUACCGUAGCCGUCGCUCAGGAAGGCGGCGUCCUUACAACCACUAAUCCUCCAAAUAAAAUGUGAGCAUUCCUUUGGUGAAAAUUUAAAUUAUUUGUGAAUAUAAGAAAAUAUACAUCUGAAAUGUGAAGCCCUUACUCUAUUUGUAUGUAAUUAAAACAUGAUUUAUUUUUUA